ACCCCCCCAACCAACCCCCAUCGGUGGAAAUGAUAAACGACCGGCAAGGAAAAGCCACCACGCGCACCAGCAGCAGGAGCACCACCCACGACCAGCUCCCUCUUUCGUCCCGCUCCAUCACUGUCUGACCUGCGUUCUGGCAUUCGCUAUAUAAAUAAGUUGCGCGCUGCUAGGUGGGGUUGCUCACACGACGGAGCAGGGAGGGAGAUGAUGGACUCGCUAGCCGCGCCACCUGCCUCAAACUUAGCUCCUGGGCUCGGUCAGUCGCAGAGCAUCACCGUUGAUGCGUCCCACGAAUUCACUCGCCCGGCAGACUGGACGCCCGACUGGGUACCCAUUUCCUCACUCUCCACAGCCGCCAGGAACUCGCCGGUUCCACUUCAUGAACAGCCGGCAUCAGGUCAGGACUCUAACCUCGUGAUUGUGCUCGACAACUCAGUACAGACGGCGUUGCUGGACCAAGCUUACACGGACACGAGACACAACAUUAGCGGAUUCCUCGGCGGCUUCUGGAAAUCCGUUGCAAUCGACCAACCCGGCGAGAAACCGCACUGGAAAGUCGUGUGCCAUGUGACGACACUCUAUGUUGCUGACCGGCAAGUUACUGAGCUUCUGAAGGGCUAUUCAGCGGAAGAUCCGACCUCGAUCAUCCACGCAGUAGCAAAGUUCAACGAGCUGGGACUCGAGUGCGUGGGAUGGUUUCGGUCAAGCGACCCCGUCAAACCGCUACAGCCGACAUGCCAAGAUGUUGCGAAGCAGGCCUUCUUGCAAACUCUGAUACCCGAGGGAGUCGGACUAUUACUGUCUAUAGCUUCCCUCAACAACCCAAAUCGGUUGCAGCCACAUAUACCCCGCGCAUCUCUAUCUUCGCCGCUGAUUGCCCCUCUCCAUGCGUUCGUAGCCUUUCGAGCCUGCAUGCCCACACCCGAGGGAUUGCUGGAAACGGACAAACUGUAUCCCCCAUAUCCGGAAAGAAAUCCACUCCCUUUUUACCGCAAUCUUGUUUACCAUGUGGAUCUGAGCACUAUCCGCAUCCCGAUCGGUAUCCGAAAUGAAGAGUUCACGGCACCUGAUGUAUUUCGGGAAAUGCAUCGGUCGAUGCAAGUGUCCCUAGAAGAGUCGAGACAGCUAUAUCUGGCGCAAGCGUCGGUUUAUGGACCGGACUCGGCCCGGCGAAUGUUUCUCGACGCAGGGUAUGAUGCCUUCCUGAUGGACUUUUGGAAACGAUCGGUUGUCGGUGCAUUCAAUGCGCUGGACCAGGAAUACCAGACAGUGGCGUCGAAAACGAGUUGGAUACAGGAGAGGAUUGCAGAAACGAUCAAAGAGCUGAGAUCUCUCUCUGAUGCAGCCGCGAAGGCUGGUGUCAUCACCGACGGGACGCGAAUCUCUUCCUCACCCGUCCCUGAAGCGGAUCCGGACGCGAUGGAUGUGGACGCAUCGGAAAACAACGCAAAACCAGCGUUCACGGUCCCGGAUAUCGAAGCAGUUCUGGAGGAGAUUCGCGCCGUGAACGAAGGCCGGGCGUCCCCACUACGGCCGCAGGACGAAGCCAUUUCCGCCUCCAUUCAGAGAGUGGUGCUGAGCUUGGAGACCAUCGCACCCGAUCAGGUCGCCACGCGCAUCCCUCGCCUGCCAGCGACCAUCUCCCGUAUGCGUGAAAGGGCGCUGUUUGAGGAAGAAUACGAGUCCGUCAGGGAUCGGCAGAAAAAGCGGGUCACAGGUCGAAAAGGAAACCAAGGGCGGAAACCUCGAGGAGGGAAAGAUAAAGAGAAGGGUGGUGUCACCCGCAAGGAUAAAGGAAAGAGUCGGGAGGGAACGAUUAUCCAAGAUGGGCUUGAAAGGCGGCCGCUUGGGUCGGAGGAAGGCCCAGAGAGGCGAGAGUCGGGAUUCUCGGGCAUCGGGCCGCUUGGGCCUGAUGACGAGGGUGCUGCUGGACCGGAUGAUGGGAUGGAGGUGAUGGAUAUUGUUGCGUCGCCUCACAAGGCGUACGGUCAACAGAAUGCGGGGUUGAACAACCUGCUUAGCCGGUCUGUGGAGCUGUUGCAGCAGGUUGUCGUACCCUCGAACAGGCCUCACCCGGACCAAGAGUCGGCUACGACGUUAGGAGGUGGGGGCAAAAAGAGCCGACGGUCCUCAAUAUCGGGCGAGGGAACCGGUUCCUCUCGCGGUCGUCGGUCGAGUAAGCAAACAGCACGAGAUGGACGACAAAGCGCGUCCCAUUCAUACGCAAAGUCAACGAUGCAAGAUUCCGCCCACCCGCCUGCAUCAUCCUCGAAUUACGGUCAUCGCCGGUCGUCAUCCGUGUCGGCGUCCAUGUCUGGUCAUCCGAACGCUUUACAGGAUCAACAAGUGCAAGGCUACUCUGCAGCUGAUGCGCACCAUCUUCAACAACAACAACAACUACAACAGCAGCAGCAGUCUUCGCAGCAACAUGGAGCCCAGCAGGCGAAUUUUGGGGCUAUGAUUGCGCCAUUGGCUUUGUUGAGCCAUUUGCAGAGUCAGUCGCUUGGAUUCGCUUUUCGAGGUGCCACUCCGCCGGGCGGGGCCUCGGGAGGUGGGAGUUCACCGCCAGCGGGCAAUGGGGGCAAUGCGAACAAUAACUCGUCGUCGGCGUCGUCGAUGGAUGCGCAGAUGCAAUCGGUGCCGGCUAGUAUGCCUGCGUACGGAUUGUUCUCGACAGCUACGCCGGCCGCAGCCGCAGCUGCUGCCGCCGCCGCCGCCGCGUCGGCGUCAUAUGUGAAUCCGUAUUUCGGACAACGGCGGCCGAGCUUGAGUUCGACCCCUUUGAACGCGUCUAGCAGUUCGCGGGGGGAUACGAAUUUCUCAACUAGCGGCAGCCCUGUGCUCGGCAUCCCGCAAACAACCGGCAGUUCGCGAGAUCAUCCCUCCUCCGUUCCGUCUUCGGCGCCACAGUACGGGCCAGCACGGUACCUACCAGCCGGCUUCGCACCCUACAACGCCGGCCCGGUGCCGGAAGGUGCGACGUUGCAUUACAUCCCCGUGAUGAAUCCCGGCGCUGUGCAGCACGGACAGCACCCUCUGCAGCUCCAUAUGCAGCAGCAGCACGAUCAAAUGCAGCAUCAGCAUCGCCACAUGACCCCUGGCUCGUCGCAACAACAGCAACACUUCGCCCACGGUAAGCAAUCUGGACAAGGGCAUCGAGAGCCAUCGCAGCAACCACAUCCCCAACAACAACAACCGCAACAGCAACAAUCCUCAAACCACCCCUACGCCAGCACCUCCCGCAACGGCAGCGGAUCCAACACCCCAAACCCACCCCCCGGCAACCCCUACGACCUCUCCUUCGGCCCCAGCCAGCGCUUCGCAUACGGCACCAACGCCAACCAACCCCAUCACCAUCACCACCACCCACCCCAAUCCCACUCGAUGGAGAACGCGAAUCGGAAUGAGUCGAUUUACGCGAACGCCAUAGCCCCGCCGAGUAUCAUCCCGUCCGGAAACCCGGAGAGUAAACGUGGUGGUCCGGCGGCGUCGCAGGCGUACCCCCCACCGCCUAUUUCGGCUAUUCCGUCGAUUUACGGGACGCAUACCUCGUCUCCACAACCGCAACAACAACAGCAGCAGCAGCAUUACGCACAACAACAACAACAAAACCAGCCGAAUAGGCAGCCGUCCCCACGUCCUGCGGCGCCUGGGUCAGCCACGGAUAGACCAGCCGCGUCGACGCGGAACUCGGUCACGUUGCCGAGUUUUAGGAGCUUGUUAGGUAGGUUGCAUGAUGAUUGGCGGCAUCCGGGGCAGCAGCAGGGUGGGGGGCAGAACGCUGCAGCGGCGAGCGGGGGAAGCUCGACGGGUGCGGGUGCAGGGCAGGGUGGUGAGGAUGAGGGGAGUAAGUAGAGUUUGGGAGGGGGUUUGGACAUAGGGUGGAGAUGGGUGUUUUGCAAGCUGAUUCUGCUUUUUUGUGCUUUUGGAGCCGGUUGGAGACGGGAAGCACUUGCGAGCUUUGUGGGCUGGCUUUUGAGCCGGCUGUCUGUUUUUGUAAAUAUGAUUUGUUUGGUACACUCGGUUGGUUCUGGUCAAAGUUGCUCGUGAUGGUGGAUUUGCACAUCGACACUCAUGUCGUUACGGUGAUUGAAACUCCGC